CCCCGCCCCCUCCAGCUGUCAGCCAAUGGAUGCGCGGCUGUGCCCGGUUAGACUCAGGGCCUGCUCUUACAUUGAAGUUGCUUUUAGUGGUGACUGGGGCAAAGGAGUCUGAUCUAAAGGCACCAUUCAUUGUUUCCUCACAGGGAAAGAACUAUUUUACAUACACAGACAUCUGAUUAUUGUUUGAGUGACUUAAGGCGACGUGUAAAAACACAUCGUUGAUGCACCAAUUUGCAGGAGAAUGGUGCGUUACAAUAGUGCACUUGCACACCACUGACCUGAACCUGCACACAGACAGAAGUGGCAGCGUAACGGGGGGGGGGGCGACAUGGCAAAGCUGUAGGACAGGGGUGGGCAUUCCUGGUGUCCUUGCUGGUUUUCCAGCCCUCACUGAUCACCUUCAUCAGGCGUGUCAGUUAGUUUUCACCUGUUGAUUGAUUGAACACACCUGAUCAAGUUGAUUAGCAAUACCUGAGGCAAGGAGAGUUGGAAAACGCGAGGACCAGGAAUGCCCACCCCUGUUGUAGAAUAUUUCUCAGUCCUCAAAUAAAAAAAAUUAAAAAAAACACAGGGACACUAGAUGUGUCAAUUUAUCACCCAAAGGAAGGAAAGCAGCUGCAAUAACCUCUGUAAUUCUGUAUGAAUGCAUGCUCAGGAUCAGGAUUAAAGCCCAUGUAUUUUCUAUGCUGGCAGUGGCAUCUGCUGACUUUCCUGUGGACUACACUCCGUUCAUGAUCUGCUGAUAAGAAACCCAGCAGGGCACACGGAAGGCCUAAGUCAACAACUCAGCAGGGGGUGGAGCAUCAGCUGUAGGCCACUGAACUGUCAAGAUAAUGUAAGUUCAGUGAGUGAGGACGGUUUAUUAUAUUCAUUAACACAAACAGACAUGGAGCUCGGAAAAAACAUCGGUGCUGUGAGGAGUAAGAGAGUAGUGAUUGGAGACGAAGUGCGUCCUGCUCUCAUCAUAAUAAAGCAUGGCAAAAUCCAGCAAAUACUGCCGCACAGCACGCUGUCAGAGGAUGUUGGCUGCGAGCUGCCAUUGCAGGUGCUCGACGUGGGGGACAGUGUGGCGAUGCCAGGCAUCGUGGACUGCCACGUUCAUGUGAACGAACCGGGCCGCACCGGCUGGGAGGGCUUCUGGAGCGCCACCAGGGCGGCUGCAGCGGGAGGGGUCACAACCAUUGUGGACAUGCCUUUAAACAGCAUCCCACCAACCACCACACUCAGUCACUUUCAUGUAAAGCAGCGGGAGGCAGCAGGAAGGUGUUUCGUGGACACGGCCUUCUGGGGAGGUGUCGUUCCUGGCAAUCAGCAAGAGCUUUGGCCCAUGGUCCAGGCUGGAGUGGCCGGCUUCAAGUGCUUCCUCAUCCACAGUGGGGUGGAGGAGUUCCCCCAUGUGACUGACGCUGACCUCCACGCAGCCAUGAAGCAGCUGCAGGGCACUGGAAGCGUCCUGCUGUUUCAUGCAGAGUUAGACGUUCAGCAGUCGACUGAGGAGACUGGUGACCCAUGCCAGUACACCACUUUCCUGCAGUCCAGGCCAGAUAUCAUGGAGACGGAGGCAAUUCGUACGGUGAUAGAACUCUGCCUGCAAUACCAGGUGCGAUGCCACAUAGUUCACUUGUCUUCUGCAAAGGCACUGACACUGAUCCAGAAGGCCCGGCAGGCUGGAGCCCCUUUAACGGUGGAGACUACCCAUCACUACCUCAACCUGUGUGCAGAGCAUAUACCUGCAGGAGCCACACAGUUUAAGUGUUGUCCCCCCAUCAGAGGGUCUAACAACCAGAAGCAGCUAUGGGCCGCGCUGAAAGCUGGACACAUUGACAUGGUGGUUUCUGAUCAUUCGCCCUGCACCCCCGACCUGAAGAAACUGGACAGCGGAGACUUCACUCAGGCCUGGGGAGGGAUUUCUUCACUACAGUUUGGUUUACCUCUGUUCUGGAGUUCAGCCAGCAAGAGAGACUUUGAGCUCUCUGAUGUUGUCCGGCUUCUCAGCCAGAAAACAGCCCGGCUGUGCAGUCUGGACCACCAGAAGGGGACUCUCGCUCCCGGAUAUGACGCUGACCUGGUCAUAUGGGACCCGGAGAGGCAAUUUCAGAUUGAAGAGGGAGGCAUACAUCAUAAAAACAAGCUAACACCUUACCUGGGCUUCACACUGCAAGGGGUGGUGAAUGCCACCAUCCUCAGGGGAAGGCUGGUGUACAGAGACGGCUCCUUCUGCCCCGAGCCUCUGGGGAAGCAGCUCCUCAUCUCUCAACGGAAAACCCCAAGCCAGCCGUGAAGCAGGAUGCUGGAAAAACAACCUUCGACAACUUGGAUCUAUUUGAUGCCACAUUGCUUGUUUUGUGUUAAAAACUAAAACAUUUAAAUAAAACUGUGCUAUCAAUCAUGUUAUUUAAGUUAUUUAACUUGAGUGUUUCCUUGAUAUGCAAUAAAUCACUAACAAAUAA